AUGCUCCCUGAUGCCACCAUCGACGCAGCAGCUGACAAGCUAGCCGAGUUCCGCAGAAACAACGCCCUCACGGAACUCCUCGACCAGUACCAAGUCCUUAUCGAGGACUAUAAGCGUCUCAAGAGCGACUAUGAAGAAGAACGAGAGGGUAGAGAGCGAUACAAACAGCUCGCUCGCGGUCAGGAGCGCAAUCCGUUCGCGCUUGUCGUCGUUGAUGGCGAUGGAUAUAUCUUUGACGAGCGCUUCAUCCAGGCUGGCGAACAAGGCGGUAGCAGAGCUGCCAAACAACUAAAUGAUACUAUCAAAGAUAGUCUGCGUCGCAAGGGUCUCGAAAGCUGCGAGGUCAUGAUUCGCGUGUACGCAAACCUCACCGGACUAUCCAAAGCGCUGUUUAAGAACGGUCUCGUGGGCGCGGAAAAGCGAUCUUUGUCAUCCUUCACAGCUGGAUUCAACAGAUCAUACGGUCUGGCUGAUUUUAUCGACGCCGGCGAAUUAAAGGAAAACGCCGACUUCAAACUCAAAGCUAUUCUUCGGCUUUAUGCGGAUAACGCACAGUGCAAACACAUUUACUUUGCCGCCUGCCAUGAUGUGGGUUACGUCUCGGAUCUUACUCCCUUUAGGGGUAAUAGUGAGCGAUUCACGCUUGUUCGAACGCCGAGUUUGCUGUUCCAUAAGGAAUUUAACAAACUCGGUAUGAACGUUGAGGAAUUACCGGGCGUGUUCCGCCACACGCCUCUCCAACAACCUUAUACAGCCGCACCCGCGAAGGCGCCGCUGGGUCCGGCUGUUAGCAACGGCAAAGCGUACACACCUACGAAAGAAAAUAACGAUGGGCGAGCAGUUUGCAGUUUCUACAUGCAAGGUAAUUGCCGAUAUGGUAAUGGCUGCAAAUUCGCCCACGACAGCAAAUCGUCCAGUCAGACUAGUACGCCAUCUCCUAGCAACGGGAUAAAAUCCGACCGUUUUAGUGGUGAUUGGCGACGAGGCGCCAGUUUAUCCAACGGCGGAAAAUCCAACAUUGACUCUCUUCCCAAGAAGGAAGAUAUUCCUGAAGGCACUGUGCCCCUCAACGCCCUCGAAGACCGACUCGACGCUUUGCUACCUCCUCUUGACCCCGAGGCUGUUAAGCGUCUCAAACUACUUUCUCAAGAGCGAAAGUUCUGCAAUAGUGCGCAGCUGUAUAAUUCCUGCGAGAACGAAAACUGCGAGUAUGAACAUACGCCCAUUGAUGAAGAUCUCAAGCCUGCUUUGGAGCACCUUGCUCGAUCGAACAUUUGCUCGCGUCGGGGCGCUUGUAGAAGGGCGAAUUGUGUGAACGGUCAUGUCUGCCAGAAGGCGGACUGUCGACACCGAACGAAUGGUACGGGCAAGGGAUACUGCCGAUUCCCUGCCAGGGUCUGCACCGCUGACUAUACGGUGGAUUCCUUUGUCUCAGCUGUCGAUGCUCCUUCGUCGCCAUCUAUGGUGUCGCCUUCUCUGGCAUCAGAGGAGACACCUACCGCCGAAAACGGGGGAACGAAUCUUUGGGGCGGUUAUUAG